GCCCUAAACGAGGUCGAAGGUGGACACGUAAUUUCCCAAACUCGCCGCCGUAUUUCUCCAAUCGAAGCCCCCCGUUCUCUCUCCCACUUGCUUCUCCUCUCAUUCAUUCGUUUUUGUUUGCUGGGGGUUUUCUUGGAUUUUCGGCGAUCAGAUCGGGAUCGGAAGGGCCACCGAUUGCCGGAGAUCUUAUCCGGCCGAAUUUGUUGGCAUUUUGAGUGAUCCGUUUCGCGUCGGUGGUAAAUUUUCGCCGGCAACGAUGUUCCUUAUAGACUGGUUCUACGGCGUCCUCGCCUCUUUGGGACUGUGGCAGAAAGAGGCCAAGAUCUUGUUCCUGGGCCUUGAUAAUGCCGGAAAGACGACGCUUCUCCACAUGCUCAAGGACGAGAGACUGGUCCAGCAUCAGCCGACCCAGUAUCCGACAUCAGAGGAACUGAGCAUCGGGAAGAUCAAGUUCAAGGCCUUCGAUCUUGGGGGCCAUCAGAUCGCUCGCCGUGUCUGGAAGGAUUACUAUGCCAAGGUGGAUGCGGUGGUUUACCUAGUGGAUGCCUUUGACAAGGAAAGAUUUGCGGAGUCGAAGAAGGAGCUGGAUGCCCUCCUCUCGGAUGAUUCCCUGGCGAAUGUGCCAUUCCUUGUAUUGGGUAACAAAAUUGAUAUUCCCUAUGCAGCAUCUGAGGAGGAGCUUCGCUACCACCUGGGACUCAGUAAUUUCACUACCGGUAAGGGCAAGGUGAAUCUUGUAGACUCUAAUGUCCGCCCCCUUGAGGUCUUUAUGUGCAGCAUCGUCCGUAAGAUGGGCUAUGGCGAGGGCUUCAAGUGGCUCUCCCAGUACAUCAAGUAGGCACAGAGAACGAAAUCUGACGACAUUCUGCUGUGAUUUUAAUUAGGUUUUUCUUGAAUCUAUGUCCCUCUUUAGCCUUUCUACCUUCCAUUGGGUUGUUGAAGGAACGAACCAGCAGUCAUGACGGUAUAUUUACAUGGAUUAUGAUAACAGUGUAAAGUGGAAUAUAAUGUUGUCUGCCAAUGAUUCUUUUUUUUUAUUCUUAAAAGAAUUACAGUUUGGGCUCCUUGGACUUGUUUCAUGCUGA